UUCCACGGUCUCGCGGUCAGUCUGCGAUUCAAACAGCCUCUCUCCGCGAGUCCAGGCCAAGCUGCUGUUACGGCGGCGGUGCGGAGUCUGCGUCUGAGCUGCGUCUUUCACUGAAAUCGACCCUAACUCUGUUUGGCGUCUCCCUAAGAGAUAUUCAAUCGGCCAGUGUCCACCCCACCGAAAACAAAACCCCCGCUCGGGUGUCAAAGGCGACUCGCGUCUUCCGGUCUCUUGAACGCGAGCCUUUUCGCAUUAUAUAGGAUCUCCUUGAGUCAGAGCAGUCAAAAUGUCGCUGCUUCCUCCCGAGGUCCACACAGCGCUGUCCCAGCUGCUGCGCGCACUGACGACCCCCGACAAUACCGUGCGAUCCCAGGCGGAAGAGCAGCUGAACGGCGAAUGGAUUCAAAACCGCCCGGAUGUUCUCCUGAUGGGUUUGGCUGAACAGAUCGAAGGAGCAGAGGAUCAAGUGACGCGUUCCUUUGCGGCCGUGCUGUUUAGAAGAAUAUCGACAAAGACGAGCAAAGAUCCCAGAACCAAUGAAUCCAAGGAGCUCUUUUCCACCCUUACAGAUGAGCAGCGAAUCGCUAUCAGAACGAAGCUAGUAGCCUGCUUGAGCCGCGAGUCUGUGUCGGACGUGCGAAACAAGAUCGGUGAUGCUAUCGCUGAGGUUGCCAGGCAGUAUACUGAUAACGGUGAGCAAUGGCCCGAACUGCUGGGUGUAUUGUUCCAGGCCAGCCAGUCUCCCGAGGCAGGUGUGCGGGAAGCAGCCUUCCGAAUUUUUGCUACGACCCCGGGCAUUAUCGAGAAGCAGCAUGAGGAGACCGUUGUUGGUGUUUUCGCCAAGGGUUUGAGAGAUGACAACAUCGCCGUUCGCAUUGCGGCCGUGGAGGCUUUUGCUGCUUUCUUCCGUUCCAUAUCCAAGAAGUCUCACUCGAAGUUCUUCUCUCUGAUUCCCGAUAUCUUGAACAUCCUCCCUCCCUUGAAGGAGUCCGACGAGAGCGAGGAGCUUUCUCGUGCGUUUGUCUCUCUGAUUGAACUGGCUGAGAUUGCACCAAAGAUGUUCAAGCCUCUCUUCAACAACCUCGUCAAGUUCAGUAUCAGCGUCAUUGGCGAUAAAGAGCUCAGUGACCAGGUCAGACAAAACGCUCUGGAGUUAAUGGUGACGUUUGCGGAAUACGCCCCCAACACCUGCAAGAAGGACCCCAUUUUCGCCCAGGAGAUGGUUACUCAGUGUCUGAGCCUCAUGACCGACCUUGGAAUUGAUGACGAGGAUGCUGAGGAGUGGAACGCUUCUGAAGACCUUGAUCUUGAGGAAAGUGACUUGAACCACGUUGCCGGAGAGCAGGCCAUGGAUCGUUUGGCCAACAAGCUUGGUGGUCAGGUCAUCCUUCCUGCAACUUUCGCCUGGGUUCCCCGGAUGAUGUCGUCCUCUGCCUGGCGCGAUAGACAUGCGGCCCUCAUGGCCAUCUCGGCUAUCUCUGAGGGUUGCCGGGACCUCAUGAUUGGCGAGCUCGACCAGGUGUUGGCCCUCGUAGUCCCAGCCCUGCAAGAUCCCCAUCCUCGUGUGAGAUAUGCGGGAUGUAACGCACUGGGUCAGAUGAGCACUGACUUUGCCGGCACAAUGCAAGAGAAAUACCACGCGGUCGUCCUCAACAACAUCAUUCCUGUUCUCAACUCGGCCGAACCGAGGGUGCAGGCUCAUGCUGCUGCUGCCCUAGUCAACUUCUGCGAAGAGGCGGAGAGGGGCAUCCUUGAGCCCUACCUGGCAGAGCUUCUCAGACACCUCCUUCAGCUUCUUCGCAGUCCUAAGCGAUUCGUCCAGGAACAGGCUCUCUCGACCAUUGCCACCAUCGCCGACUCUGCGGAGACGGCAUUCUCCCAGUACUAUGACACUUUGAUGCCAUUGCUGUUCAACGUCCUGAAGGAGGAACAGUCGAAGGAGUACCGCUUGCUGCGUGCAAAGGCCAUGGAGUGCGCUACCCUCAUUGCUUUGGCCGUUGGAAAGGAGAAGAUGGGACAGGAUGCUCUCAACCUUGUGCAGCUCCUUGGUAACAUCCAGCAGAACAUCACGGAGCCUGACGACCCCCAGUCACAGUACCUUCUCCACUGCUGGGGCCGCAUGUGCCGUGUCCUGGGCCAGGACUUCAUUCCAUACUUGCCACACGUUAUGCCGCCUCUUUUGACGGUUGCUGCGGCCAAGGCUGAUAUUCAGCUCCUUGAUGAUGAAGAUCAGAUCGAUCAGGUCGAGCAGGAUGAAGGAUGGGAGCUGGUUCCCCUCAAGGGCAAGGUUAUUGGAAUCAAGACCAGUGCUCUUGAGGAUAAAAACACUGCCAUCGAGCUUAUCACCAUCUAUGCCCAGAUCCUUGAGGCUGCCUUCGAGCCUUAUGUCCUUGAGACCAUGGAGAAGAUCGCUAUCCCCGGUCUGGCUUUCUUCUUCCAUGAUCCGGUCCGUGUCUCAUCGGCCAAGCUUAUCCCUCAGCUUCUUAACUCGUACAAGAAAGCUCACGGUGUUCAGUCACCCGGUUUCGCACAGAUGUGGAACAAGGUCGCCGAGAAGAUCAUUGAAGUGCUGAGCGCUGAGCCUACCAUUGACACUCUGGCAGAAAUGUACCAGUGCUUCUACGAGUCCGUGGAGGUCGCAGGAAAGAACAGUCUCACCCCUGACCACAUGCAGGCCUUCAUCCAGUCGUCCAAGUCCACACUCGAAGACUACCAGCAGCGUGUUAAGCUACGUCUCGAUGAGAAGGCUGACCAAGAGGAUGGCGAGGAGGAGAAUCUUGACUACGAAUACGCCGUCGAGGACGACCAGAACCUCCUUAGUGACAUGAACAAGGCUUUCCACACUAUCUUCAAGAACCAGGGUCCUUCGUUCCUGCCAGCCUGGCAACAACUACUUCCAUUUUACGAUGCGUUCAUCACCAGUCAGGACCCGACUCAGCGCCAGUGGGCCAUCUGUAUCAUGGAUGAUGUGCUUGAGUUCUGUGGCGAGCAGUCAUGGAACUACAAGGACCACAUUCUGCAGCCUCUUGCGAACGGUCUACGGGACGAGAACGCUGCCAACAGACAGGCUGCGGCUUACGGUGUCGGUAUUGCUGCGCAGAAGGGUGGUCUUCCGUGGAGCGAUUUCGUGGCAGCCUGCAUCCCUACCCUUAUCCAGGUGUGCCAGCAUCCUCACUCCAGGACGGAGGAGCACGUGUUUGCUACGGAGAAUGCUUCAGCCAGUAUUGCCAAGAUCCUCCACUACAACGCUUCCAAGGUCCAGAACCCGCAAGAGGUUGUUGCUACCUGGAUCAACACUCUGCCCAUCACAUUUGACGAGGAGGCUGCGCCAUAUGCGUACUCGUUCCUAGCUCAGCUCAUUGAUCAACAAAGCCCUGCUGUUCUCUCGAAUGCCGACAAGGUCUUCGGUUAUAUAGUGCAAGCGCUGGACGCGGAGACUCUCCAGGGCGCCACUGCUGCCCGCGUUGCCGCCUCGGCCAAGCAGCUCGUGGCCGCUACUGGCCUUAACGCAGAGCAGAUCCUCGCUAGUGUAAACCCAGAUAACCAGGUGGCGGUGCGGAGCUAUUUCCAAUAGAAAUAAGGAGAAGAGGACGAAGAAAAGAAACGUGUUUCGGCGUGUGAUGUAUUUGACAUGACCUUUUGUUCUAUCUCCCCAUGUGUGCGAGUCUGGCGAGGUGCUCUCUUUUUAUUCCAAGGCCCCUUUUUGACCUGGAACACUUUGUUGAUCGAUGGUAUAAAUCUUCGCGCUAGUUUGGCCUAUUUUUUACAUUUUAUCUACCUAUGACCCUUUGAUAUCUCUGCCAAUGUCAGAUUCAUUAAAUCAUGUGCCCUUUCCCGACCCUAUGACCUGACGUUACCUGGACCUGGAUCUGGACCCUGAAUCUGAUCUGGACUGGACUGAACUCAACUGGCCCUGAGCCCCCGCCUAUGAUCCCCAUGAUGCAUCUGUGAUAGCUUUCUCCUACUAUCUCUUACUAGGUUCUAUAUCUCAAAAAGAAAAAAAAAGUUCGAUCUAAA